UCGUGGGCAUUCUUACUUCCUGGGAUUUCCGAAAGCGUACUCAUCAUCUUCCACCGACUUCUCUCCCAGGAGGCUGUUCCCUGGAUGCCUCAGCCCCUCCUUUGCCCUCACACUAUGAUCGUGCUUCUCCUGAGUAUGCUGAUGGCCCCUCACGGCGGGGGCCAUCCUCUGGACACCCCACACCUUCCACGGGAGCUGCCUCCAGGACUCUCAAAAACUAUCAAUCUCACAGCCUUCCAAGGGGCGUUUAAAAACGUGGAAAGUGUGGCCGACAUUUUUGACUGCCUGGGCUCCCACUUCACCUGGCUGCAGGCCGUCCUCACCAACUUCCCCGCGCUCCUCCAGUUCGUGAAUGGCAUGAAGUGUGUGGCCGGUCUCUGCCCCCGGGAUUUAGAGGACUACGGCUGUGCCUGCAGGUUCGAGAUGGAGGGACCGCCCGUGGACGCGUCUGACAGCUGCUGCUUCCAGCAUCGCAGGUGCUACGAGGAAGCCGCCGAGAUGGACUGUCUCCAGGACCCUGCCAAGCUCAGCACAGAUGUCAACUGCGUCAGCAAGAUGAUCACGUGUGAGUCCGAGGACCCUUGCGAGCACCUGCUGUGUACCUGCGACAAGGUUGCCAUAGAGUGCUUGGCUCAGUCCGGCAUCAACUCUUCCCUGAACCUUCUGGACACUUCCUUCUGUCUGGCUCAGCCUCCAGAGACACCCAGCACGAGAGAGCAGACCACGCUUCCGCCCAGAGUGGUUCCUGUGGACCCCGCAGACACCAGUGCGAUGGCCGUUUCGGGAGAAGUGGCUCCUGAGACCAGAGCCGACCCGCUGACCACGCCCUCCAGGACAAGCACGGGCCAAGGCCAGCAAGGCGCGGAAGCCGCUCGGACCAUACCCGCUCCGGGAUCCGCAGAGACGGCUGCCUCGGCACCCGGUGUAACCAUCGUCCCCGCUGGCUUGAAGUCUCCGGGCUUUGCUGCGUCCUCCAUCAAAAGUGGCCCAGGGGAGACAACUGGAAAAGCCUGUGACAGGGUCACCUUCCUGCACCUGGGAAGCAGGAACAUCACGCGGGCGAUGCCUCAGCUGGGAGAGAUGCUCUUUUGUCUGACGUCCCGAUGCCCGGAGGAAUUUGAAGCUUACGGCUGCUACUGUGGGCAAGAAGGACAAGGCGAGCCGAGGGAUGCCCUGGACAGGUGCUGUUUUUCCCACCACUGCUGCUUGGAGCAGUUGAGAAGGCUGGGCUGCCUGCUCGAGAGGCUUCCUCGGUCACCGGCGGAGUGCGUGGACGGUACAGCCAAGUGUGUGGGGCAGAGCCUGUGCGCGAAGCUGCUUUGUGCCUGUGACCGGACGGCGGCCGAGUGCAUGGCCUCUGCCUUCUUUAACCAAAGCCUCAAGUCCUCGGGCAAACGAGAGUGCCAGGGCCACAGGCCGUCCUGUGAGGACAGCUCGCACGGAGGGCCUGCGGCCUCCUCCCUCAGCUCCAGCUCUGAGGAGAACAGCGAGGAAGCCACGCCCCAAGUGGAGGGCCUGAGAAGCAGAAGGUCUCUGGGGAAGCCGCUGGGUGGUGUGGGGACCAGGCACCAACAUGGCCCCAGACAGAUCCCCAGAGGAAGUGACGAGCACACCCUGUAG